AUGUCAAAUAUAGCCAUCCCUGAGACCACCACUGCGCUCAUCCUCAACGCCUUCAACGAGCCGCUCGCUUUGGAAAAGACCCCGACGCCAAAGACUACACCUGCCGGGUCGGUCCUGGUCCGCGUCCUGAGCACUUCCGUCCGGCCACACAACCGCGCCGGCUUCACGGGACAGAGCCCCCUCUCCCAAUCUGUCCCAUAUAACCCGGGGAACAGCGGCGUCGGGCGCGUCAUCGCCGUCGGGCCCGAUGCCGUGGCCGUCAAGCCGGGCCAGCUCGUGUACCUCAACGGCUUUUACCUCGCGCGGGACGACCCGGAAGGCACCCGGGUCCUCACUGGCCUUCACUCCGGCGUCGGCGACCCGAGCCAGGCCAAGCUGUUCAAGCAGCUGGGCGGGCUCUGGAGAGACGUGGCCACGGUCCCGCUGGAGAACGCCAUCCCCCUCAACGAGGCGCUUCUGGUCGACGAGAUGGGCUACUCUUUCGGGGACAUCAACUACAUCCAGCGCCUUUCCGUCGCCUACGGCGGCGUCAGCGCCGCCGAACUCCGGGCCGGAGAGACUGUCAUCGUAGCGCCGGCCACCGGUCAUUUCUCCGGCGCUGUCGCCGAGAUCGCCGCCCAGAUCGGCUGCAAGGUCAUCGCGCUCUCGCGGUCGGCCUCCAAGCUGGAGCCGCUCGCGAGCCGCCUCCCCCGCAUCGCCGCCCUCGAACUCUCCGGCGACGAGAAGAGGGACGUCGAGGCCAUCCGGGCGCUCGCCCCCGGCGGCGCGGACGCCUACAUCGACGUCUCGCCGCCCGCCGCCACGGCCUCGCCCCACCGCCUGGCGGCGUCCCUCGCCUCCCUCCGCCCGUUCGGCCGCGCCGUCCUCCUGGGCAUGAUGUUCGACGUCACGGUCAAUUACAUGAGCCUGAUGGCCCGCAACAUCACCGUCAAGGGACAGCACAUGUACACCCGCGCGGAGCUGGUCUCCCUGGUCAAGAUGGUCGAGGCCGGAGUCCUCAAGCUAGGCAAAGAUGCCGGGCAUGAGGUCGUCGGCAGGGGGUUUUCGCUGGAGGAAUGGGAGGAAGCCGUUACGGUUGCGGAGAAGGCCACGGGCUGA